AUGCUUGAAGCAAUUUUACGACGAGAAUCCUAAUGCUUAUAUCCAGGACGCUGUUGAAAUGCUCACGAGCAAGUUUGAAGGCCUUGAUAUUAAAAAGUCUAGAGUGCAUGAAUACAUGAAGAACGAAUGUAACUUGGCCUUUAAGCAAACGACUCUCUGGUCUGAGGCAAGAAUGAGUUCGAGCACAAUUAAAAAACGCUACAAUUGGGUUGUUUGAAUGGAGUCAAACGGACAUGGAAUAUUCUCAAAAUUGC